CCAGUCAGAGCGCGCGCGUGGGAAUCAUUUGGUCUCGCGCGCAGCUUCACGGACGCUUCCUCAUAACGCGCGUCCAUAAACCGGAAUAAAGUACUGCUAAUAACUACCUUUAUUUGGAUGUCAAGUGAAUAUCAAUGUCUCCGUCGAGCCCGCUGCUCAGAUCAUCCUGAUAUUCCUGAGAAAUGCCCGUUUACACACGGCGCCACAGAUCGACUCCAGCGGCCUGAAACUGUCACUCGCUCACCAUGACCUCCUUCAGCUUUUUAUUUGCCCUGCUCUUCAUCAGCAGGUUUUUGGAAAAGUCUCUGCUCAGCGCCGAAGUGAAGGAUGGAGAGAUUCUUCCUCCGACCAUCCAGAAGCUGAUGAAAGGAUACAACAAAUACCUCCGGCCUUUCUUUGACAAUGGGCCUGUCACGGUGGGCAUGAGUUUAGACAUCGCCAGCAUUGACACGAUCUCAGAGAUCAACAUGGAUUACACGGCCACCAUCUUCCUGCGGCAGCGCUGGACGGACGAGAGGCUGGUGUUCGAAGGCAAUAAGAGUCUGAGUCUCGACGGACGUCUGGUGGAGCUGCUGUGGGUCCCGGACACCUUCAUCGUGGACUCCAAGAAGUCCUUCCUCCACGACAUUACAGUGGAGAACCGACUGAUCCGGAUCUUCCCCAACGGAACGGUUCUCUAUGCCCUCCGGAUCACCACCACUGUGGCCUGUAACAUGGAUCUGACCAAAUAUCCCAUGGACAAACAGACGUGCACCUUACAACUGGAGAGCUGGGGUUAUAAUGUCAAUGACGUGAUGUUUAACUGGGCGCGUGGGAACGAGUCUGUGAGCGGACUGGACACCCUGAGACUGGCCCAGUACACCGUAGAGGACCAUUACACCUCCGCGUCUGAGGCCGUGUAUGAGACAGGAAAUUAUCCCAGGCUGAUCUUUCAUUUCGAGCUGAAGAGGAGCAUCUUGUACUUCAUCCUGGAAACCUACGUUCCCUCCAGCCUGCUAGUGGUUCUGUCCUGGGUCUCUUUCUGGAUCAGCCAAUCGUCUGUCCCCGCUCGCAUUUGCAUAGGCGUGACCACUGUCCUGACGAUGACCACACUGAUGAUGGGCGCCCGCACGUCUCUGCCCAACGCCAACUGCUUCAUCAAGGCCAUCGACGUGUACCUGGGCAUCUGCUUCAGCUUCAUCUUCGGAGCGCUGAUCGAGUACGCCGUGGCCCACUUCUGCACGCUGCACCACCCCGACUGCAACAGCGCACUCGUGUACGGUCAUCACAUGCACGACUGCGAGGAGGAGAUGAACGGCAUCCUCACAACCAUCGCCAGCAACUCCUCACGGGUAAAGAGACGCAAAGACUCUGUGUCGGCGUCAGCCGGCGCUGGAGAACCGGGUCUCGGACCCGCCAGCGAAGACAAGCCCCCCGAGGGCCCGGCCGAGCCCUUCAGCCGCUGCGCCAAGAACAUGUCCAUCGCCAGGAAGAUCCUGAGAUCCAUCAACUGCUGUCACGUGGAAAACCCACAUUAUAUAGACAACUACUCCCGGUUAACCUUCCCGCUGUCGUUCGUCUUCGUGAAUCUGCUCUACUGGACCUACUACCUGUACUUUUAACCAUGUUGAAUCAUUUCUGUGUGUGUGUGUGUGUGUGUGUGUGUGUGUUGUUCAUCAUUGCUGGAUGGCUCGCCCCGUCCAGAAGUCUAACAGAAAUAGUCUGAUGCAGUAAAAUAUUAUUCAAAACUUGAUGUCCUAAAGGUAUAGUUUGUCCAAAGAGAAAAGCUCAUUUACUCGCCCUCGUGUCAAUCCAAACCGGGAUUACUUCCCGUCGAAUCUCAUUUCUGCGGCAAAUUUAAAUAUGAAAUGGUUCAAGUUUUACAUCUGUGCGUCUCAUCUUCCAGCCCACACCAUAGGGAACGCUAGCAGAG